GACUCCAUACCCAAGCCCUCACUCCCUACCACCUCCUUGAAGGUGCUUUUGCAGUCCCGAGUUUUGUUUAGGAAUGACAUAGCGCUUAUUAGGGCUCUGUCUAAAUAAUCAGUGGAAGGUCGGUUAUUUCGAGCAGCAUCAGUCAGUCACUGUCCUGAAAUAGAUCCACUGUCCCCAACUCCAGCUGGCAGCAACAACCUGACAUGUCUGGUGUGAAUUGGAGGCUGUGAAUAGACGAAGAACUCCAAAUAUUAGUGGAAUAAGCCAAACUCUGCAGGACUGUAUCCCAGCUAAGUUUACUUUUGCCAGGUAACAGGACACUUUUAGAUCGAAAGCUGUCAACUUUCGGAGACAAUAUGAAGCUGAGCGUUGCAAUAUUCUUUGCUGGCUUCUUUGGUGCCCUUGGCGUUUUGAUUUUUCUGUUGGCCUUUGGAACGGAUUACUGGUUACUUGCUACAGAAAAAUGUGCCGGGAGUGCAGCUGUCUCAAAAAGCGGAGAAGCCCAACUCGGGAGUGAAGAUACAGAUACGUCACAACAGUCUGCAGUCACUUUUCAUCAUGAAGGGUUCUUUUGGAGAUGCUGGUUUAAUGAAACAAAGACAGAUGACAGCAUGUGGAAAUUUUGGUUUGCUAAUCAACCUCCAAAGAAAUCCUGCAUGCAUGCUUACCUUUUUCCAUUUCCGGUGGACACAGAGGUCCACAACAACACUGCUCGUGAGACUGCUGUCCUUUAUCGAGGCUUCUGGACAGUUUUUAUGAUUCUGGGGGUAGUUGCUAUCGUUACAGCUGGUUUCCUAAUCAUUUGUGCUGCUCCUUUUGCAAGUCACAGACUCUACAAAGCAGGAGGAGGCUUAUUCAUUACUGCUGGUAUUCUGUUUGCAAUACUGGUUGUCAUGUAUGUUAUCUGGGUUCAGUCACUUGCUGACAUGGAAACAUAUAUCCAGUUGCAGAAAACUCACCGUUGUUCAAGUUUCACCAUACAAAUCCGAUAUGGCUGGUCCUUCAUUUUGGCUCCCAUUGGGAUUUUUUUCUCUUUAUUUUCAGGAAUGCUUUUUCUGUUAGUAGGACGUGUCAUUCAGCUACACACAAAGUAAGACUGAAGUGUGAAGAGACCUACUGGCUGAUGACAUGGUUUGAUUGAUAGAGAAUUUUUCAUUAAUUGAACAUUCAUUUUCUUCACACAGUAGUAAGGCUCGUUCAUUUGUAUGAAAGCUGAACAGCAGCAGAAUGAAAGAAAAUAGAAGGGCAAAGAACGAGGAAUGGUUCAAGUAUAAUUUUCCUUAAGAUGUUUAAAGUAUUGUCUCAAUGUUACUGCCACAGAUAUAGAAACUGGACCUCUGAAAUACAGUAUACUGUAAAACUAAUGUUUUGUGAAGCUAUAUAGUCUCACUUCACCACCUAGCUUUGUUUUGCCAUGGUCAAGCCCUGCUUUGCUUAACAUAUAGCAGAGAUGCACACAAAUAUUACUGCUGGUGCAGCAGAGAAACAUACCAUAAUGUCCUAAACAAAGUGGUGUCAGUACAGAAAGCCCUUUACUGAGCUCUAAGUAUAUUCUAUAUACUAUCCUUUUCAAGGUUAUACACAGUAUUUACAAUAUUGUUAAAGUAUUUGUCUGGUGACUGUAUAUUCUUCCAUUUUAAAAGGGUAAGAAUCACUAAACUGUACUUGAUAAAGAAUACAAGAUACGCCAAAGCA